AUGAGCAGCCCGCACGCGGACGGCUCCGCCGAGAGUGUCCCUCCCGCUGCUUACUUCCAGAUUGAUCCCAGAGUUAAUGGCGAUGCCUUCUCUGGAAGGCCCAGGAACAUUCAUCGUCCCGAGGAGAUUGCCGAGUUCUCCUACGAUGAGAACCACGACAUCCACCUUGAUGCGCGCUCCCUGAGCUAUUAUUAUCCGCCCCAGCCCCGUGGUGUUGAGAACCACAUUUACCUCGACAAGGGCCUCGAGAGUUUCCGCCAGCUCGACGACUCCCAGGACGGCCACCUCAGCGGCCUGCUCACUGCCAUCAUGGACAUGGAGCAGAAGCAGAACGCAAAGACUGAUGCCCACUUCAUCGCCUACCGCGGCAUGAUUGCGAACCUACUUACCAUGCCUUACCAAAAGAUAGAUGGGUGGACCAUGAAUGCCACGUAUUUCGAUGGUACGAUCUUCAUCGAAGAGGACAAGGGCGCCAAGUUCGAAAGGAAGGCCCGCGAAGAAGACCAAUCACCCGCACAGAAACGCAGGGAAACGCUGCAGUACUACUAUGGCUUCAAGUUCGAGACCCUUUACACCAUCCCAGACAUCUGGGACAAUGUCUCCCGUGACGAGAUCGAGAGUCGCGAUGACAAGAUUGUGAGCAACUACGCGCAGUACUGCUCCAUCGUCAAGACCGGCGUUGGAGAUAUGAACAUUGUCAUCGGCGGAGAGGUCGACUGCAUCUGGGACGACAAGAUCCCCGGCGCAAAAUACCACAACUAUGUCGAACUUAAAACUACCGAAUGGAUCGACGAGGCCCACCUGCCCCGUGGCGAGAUCAAGAGAAAACUCCUGAACUAUGACCGCAGAAAGAUCAAGUACUGGGCCCAGUCCUUCCUCAUCGGAUGCCCGACAAUCAUCGUCGCCAAGAAGGACACCGACGGCCAGGUACACAUGCCGCUCGAAGUGUUCAAGACGAACAGCAUACCCACAGCCAUCAGGAACACCAGCGGCCUCUGGAACUCGGUCGUCUGCGUGCAGACGCUCAGCGCGUUUCUCGAAUGGUUGCAAUCAUACAUCAAGGGUUCGACUGGCAUGUGGAAGCUGACUAAGAAGCCCGGCAUGGCACCCAUCUGCCUCAGUCACUUCACGCCGACGGGCACUGGCCAGAUCUUGACUCCCAGUUUCAAGGCCCAUCGCAUUGCUAUGCAGGCGGCGCGUGUCAGCAGGUCUCCGUCGGCCGAAGGAGAGCAUGUUGGCGAGGAAAAGGACAAGAUGGAUACGGAUGAGGUUGAGAAGCGCCCGUCGGCCGAAGGUGAGCAUGUUGGCGAGGAAAAGAACAAGAUGGAUACGGAUGAGGUUGAGAAGCGCCCGUCGGCCGAAGGUGAGCAUGUUGGCGAGGACAAGGAGAAGAUGGAUACGGCUGAGGUUGAGAAGCACCCGUCGGCCGAAGGUAAGAAUGGUGACGAGGGUGGCGAUACGAUGGAUAUGGAGGCUUGA